AAAUGUCUAGACUACUGCAUAACACGCACGCAUUGCUUAAAAACCSGAUAACAUCUUAACUUUGGCUUUAUUCACUGUACUAAACAUGAAAGAUAAAGUAAUCUCAUCGAGGUAUUUCGCUGUGAUCGCCAUUUCUGCGCUGGCUGCGGUGUUGAUACUCUAUGGUUGUGAGUUYGCACGAAUCGAGAUGAUCUUAAGAGAUCAGCGAACACAAAUUCAUCAUUUGGACGAAAUGUUGGCCACCUUGGUGGAUUUGAAUGCCGCAAGUGAUGCCAGCACUGCGGAAGACGUCGAGCUAAAACAGGCAACUCGAUUUCUGUCUGGACGCAGUAGAAAACGAAAGAGYUUGGAUGUGGAAGGAGAAACYGAGCAUUUAACRCUCGGUAGAAAUCGUAACAGRUUUUUAAAAGUCAUCCAAGCUGAAAUCAAAAAAGCUUUGUUUAACUUUUAUGAAAGUAAAUACCCUGUACUCAUACCAGGCCCUCCCGGUCCGCCUGGAAAAACCGGUUUGACUGGUCCGCAAGGACCACCAGGAACCAAUGGUCAAAGAGGAACACGUGGAAGAAAGGGUKCACAAGGAAUGCCUGGGAAGACUGGAAUACAAGGACCUCCCGGAUUAAAGGGUGACCGUGGAGAGAUGGGACCAAUUGGUUUACCUGGASCGCGAUGCUUGCCGGGAGCAAAAAGGAAACCAAAUGGCUUUGAAKUUCCCCAAGUCCAAGUUUUAACUCCAGUCUUAAAUGUGAAUGAAAGUGACCAAGCUGUAUUUAACUGCAAGGCCAGCGGUAUUCCUAAACCUGUAAUAACCUGGAGCAAAGUGAUUGGCUCCUUAUCAGUACAUAGUGCGGUUCAUGCUGUCAGCGGUGAUCUAGCUAUAAACCACGUGACACUUAACGACGCUGGUAAAUACAAAUGCAAGGCAAACAACAUCAUUGGCUCAGCAGAGAAAUACRCYACACUCACAGUGAACUAUCGACCAAUCAUAACCCUCAACAAAGGGCCAAUCAGCGUCUUGGUUGGCAGCAACGUCACUCUACCACGAUGCCACGUUAUUGGACAUCCAAAGCCRAAAAUCACUUGGUCWAAGGCUUCGGGACUUUUACGGAAUUACUAUACUACUGACCAAGGAGAAYUGACUUUGUUUAAAGUGAAUAUGAAUGACUCUGACCAGUACAUUUGUAAAGCAGAGAAUUUUCUCGGAUCAGUAGAGRMAAGUUCUGUUCUAACCGUCAUUGGAUUCCCUGUGUUUGUCCACAAGCCUGCUAAAAUGUAUCUUGUAACAAUGGGCUCAAACUUUGAAAUAAAMUGUAGUGCRAAAGGAGAUCCUGAACCAGUUAUAACUUGGACAAAACAAAAUAAACUAAUCUCGUCUACAUCGAGCAACAAAGUUAACACUGGUUCUCUUAUUGUGAAGAAUAUUCAAAGCUCUGACACAGGCAUCUACACUUGUACUGCAACUAGUGGUGGAAUCGCUCAAACUACAGCAACAACAACUAUAAAAUUACGUUAUCAUGAUUGCUCAGAGCUCUACAAGUCAGGCGAACGACGAAACGGUGUUUAUAAAAUCCAACCGACAAACUACAGCACCUUCUUKGUCUAUUGUGAYAUGAYAASUGAUGGYGGCGGCUGGACUGUCAUCCAAAGAAGACAAGACGGCUCACAAGACUUUUACCGCAACUGGAACCAAUACAAAACCGGUUUUGGAAACCUGACUGGUGAGUUUUGGCUUGGAAAUGACGUCAUUCAUCUGCUAACAAAGAGAGUUCAAACAACUCUUCGCGUGGAACUAGARGACUGGGGAGGAAUAAGAGUGAAUGUGAAAUACGAAGAUUUUUACAUUGCUAACGAGUUUAGUAAAUACAGAAUGAGGGUUGGUAAAUACCUGGGAGAUUUGAAUGAUUAUGAUUCAUUGACGCAACACAACGACAUGGCGUUCACGACUAAAGAYAACGAUAACGAUAUGCACAAGACWUYAAACCUUGCAGUAGUCUACAAGGGSGCKUGGUGGUACUAUGAUGACUACAGCUCUAACCUCAAUGGCAUGUAUGGCAGGAAUAUCGGCAAAUGGCAGGGAAUAAAUUGGGUCAACUUUAAAUGGCAUCAGACACUAAAAUUCACUGAAAUGAAGAUC